AUGGACCGUCCAGACAGGAAGAAGGAUGAGCAGCCCGGGGGCCCCAGUAGCAGCCGCCUGGCCUAUGGCGUCCUGGACACCCCGCCCUGGUACCUCUGCAUCUUCUUGGGGAUCCAGCACUUCCUCACGGCCCUGGGAGGGCUGGUGGCUGUGCCACUCAUCCUGGCCAAGGACCUGUGUCUGCAGCAUGACCCCCUGACCCAGAGCUACCUCAUCAGCACCAUCUUCUUCGUCUCUGGCAUCUGCACUCUCCUGCAAGUGUCCCUCGGCAUCAGGUUGCCCAUUCUGCAGGGAGGGACCUUUGCUUUCGUGGCCCCCUCCCUGGCUAUGCUUUCGCUCCCGGCCUGGAAGUGCCCCGACUGGACCUUCAACGCCAGCCUGGUGAAUACCAGCUCGCCGGAGUUCACCGAGGAGUGGCAGAAGAGACUCCGAGAGUUGCAGGGUGCUAUCAUGGUGGCCUCCUGCGUCCAGAUGCUGGUGGGCUUCUCCGGCCUCAUCGGCUUUCUCAUGCGCUUCAUUGGGCCCUUGACCAUUGCUCCCACCAUCUCCCUGGUGGCCCUCCCUCUCUUUGACUCUGCAAGCAAUGAUGCCGGGGUCCACUGGGGAAUAGCCUUCAUGACCAUCUUCCUCAUCGUGCUGUUUUCUCAGUACCUGAAAAACAUCCCGGUGCCCGUGCCCACCUAUGGGCGCCAGAGGAAGUGUCAGACCUCCAAGUUCCACCUGUUCCAGGUGUUCCCUGUGCUGCUCGCCCUCUGCAUGGCCUGGCUCACCUGCUUCGCGCUCACCGUCACCGAGGUCCUCCCCGCAGACCCCACGGCCCGAACUGACACCAAAGGCGAUGUCCUGAGCCAGGCCCCCUGGUUCCGUGUUCCGUACCCAGGACAGUGGGGUCUCCCCACCAUCAGCCUGGCAGGGGUCUUCGGCAUCAUCGCCGGUGUGAUCUCAUCCAUGGUGGAGUCGGUGGGCGACUACCAUGCCUGUGCCCGGCUGGUGGGGGCACCGGCCCCCCCAAAGCAUGCCAUCAACAGGGGCAUCGGCAUCGAGGGGCUCGGCUGUCUGCUGGCAGGGGCCUGGGGGACAGGGAACGGCACCACCUCCUACAGCGAGAACGUCGGGGCGCUGGGUAUCACUCGGGUGGGGAGCCGAAUGGUGAUCUUGGCAGCGGGCUGCGUGCUGCUGCUGAUGGGCGUGUUUGGGAAGGUCGGAGCCGCGUUCGCCACCAUCCCGACGCCCGUGAUCGGAGGCAUGUUCCUGGUGAUGUUUGGGAUCAUCACAGCCGUGGGGAUUUCCAACCUGCAGUAUGUGGACAUGAACUCUUCCCGGAACCUGUUUGUCUUCGGCUUCUCCAUCUACUGUGGGCUUGCCAUUCCCAACUGGGUGAACAAGAACCCAGAGAGACUCCAGACAGGCAUCCUCCAGCUGGACCAGGUGGUCCAGGUGCUGCUGACCACGGGCAUGUUCGUCGGCGGCUUUCUGGGCUUCUUGCUGGAUAACACCAUCCCAGGAAGCCGGGAGGAGCGGGGUCUAGAGGCGUGGACUCAAGUCCGGGAGGAGUCGGAGGAGGCCUCGAAGGCCUUGGAGAUCUAUGGCUUCCCCUGGGGCACUGGCACCAGGUUUUGCUUGUCCUCCUGCACCCGGUACCUCCCCUUCUGGCCUGGGCCGGAGGGAGUCGGGAGAGGGGAAGUGAAGAUGAGCCAGCUCUAG